GGAACACCGGAGUCCGCGUCAGUGCGCGAGAGACGGAUCCGGCUUCACUAACUCCAAGAAGAUCCAUCUCUUUCUCUCUCUCACACUCUCUCUCUCUAUCUCCCAGCAUCAUGGUGCGUCCCUCCCUAUGGUGCUCGCUGUUGUGGUGGGUAGGUGCCAACCUCACCUACGCCCAGCUACCUAACCUGCGUCCGCUACGAGGCAUCCUACAGGACCUGGGAGGUCCCCAGGUCCAUAGUGGAAACAGAGCUGUAGUAGGCACAGCAGCAGCAGUGACAGCUGUGCACAGCAGUGGGGGUAUAAUCAUCAACAGUAGCGGUAACAGCAGCAGCAGUGGUCACACACCAGUACGUCAGGAUGUGACGGACGCCUUAAAAGCAGGUCUUGAUAUUGCACAAGAAAUGUUAGACCUGGAAAUGGCUGAAGGCACUCGCCUGAGGACCAGUCUGGCAGACCAGCCCCUGGAACAGAGUGCCAAGUUCCUUUUCUCCUUCAGGAGAGCCCAGCCUGAAGCCAAGAAAGCCGCUGCCUGCGAGGGGAGAAAACUUCUCGAAGCCUCUAAGUUUUAUCUCAGAAGACACAACAUCUCCGCUCAGGACGCCCAGCACUUCCUGUCGAAGUUGAACGACUUACUGGACGAGGAGGAGUGUCAGGGCAUGAGACUUCGAGGUUGUAGCGCUGUUCGACUCCCCGUCCCUUGUUCUCCCGUCUAUUCCUAUCGUUUCAUUGACGGUUCCUGCAACAACCUCAAUCACACUAGGUGGGGCGCUGCUAAGGAGCCCUUCGUUAGGUACCUGGCACCUGCUUACGAAGACGGUGUGGAUGAAAUGAGAGGUGAGGGUAGGACAGGAGAGUGGGAACUUCCCUCUCCUCGUACCGUGAGUCGGGUCAUGCACGAGGGGGAGCGGCGCCCCCCUCUCUCCCAUCUUACUGUGAUGCUUAUGCAGUGGGGUCAGUUUAUUGACCAUGACAUUGUACACACUCCUGAGGCAGCAGUUGUGGGUCAGAAUGGUGAGACAAUGCCAGUCAGUUGCUGCAGAGACGGUCUUCUGGGGAACGACCCCUUCGACCACGACUUCGCCCACGACUGUCGACCCGUCGAUGUCUCCUCCGACCUCCUGUUCUCCUCCAACGGCAGAGGCUGCAUGAGAUUCGUCAGAUCCCUCAUAGCCAGCAGGGGCUGCAUCCUGGGUCCCAGAGAGCAGCUGAACCAAGUCACUUCCUACCUGGAUGGGUCGAUGAUCUACGGGUCGACACCCGAAGUGGCAGCAGCCCUGCGAACUCACGAAGGAGGUCGACUUCACAAGUCUCGAGGUCCAGGCGCAGGUCUAGGGGACUUCCUACCCCAGACUGCUUGUGGUCACGUCACCGGCUUCUGCUUUAGGGCUGGAGACGAGAGGGUGAACGAGCAGCCAGCUCUAACAUCCAUGCACACUCUGUGGCUCAGGGUUCAUGAGAACCUGGCCGGCCAGUUUGGGGUUCUGAACCCUCAUUGGGACGACGAGACGAUCUAUCAGGAGAGCCGUCGUGUAGUCGUGGCGCUGAUCCAGCAGACGACCUAUACGGAGUUCCUACCGCUGGUGUUAGGAGACAACCUAAUGAGGGAGUACGACCUAUACCCACGACCUACCAGUCCCCAUGCCACCUACGACCCAUCCGUCGAUGCUUCCAUCGCUAACGGCUUCGCUACAGCAGCCUUCAGGUUCGGGCACACACUGGUCAACGACAUGCUAAUGGGUGCUGGGAGAAACGUCAGUCUCCUAGGCAGUUUCAUGGAUCCCCACACUCUCCACCAGUUCGGGACGAGUCCCUCUGACUUGCUCUUGGGACUCGCCACCUCCCAGUCCCAGGCAGCGGACUCUUACCUGGUCCACACUCUCACUAACAAGCUCUUCGCUGGUCCACAAGAGUCUGUUGGGCUGGACCUCAUGGCUCUUAACAUCCAGCGGGGUCGUGACCACGGUCUGCCAGGCUACACCGUGUGGAGAAAGGCGUGUGGGCUGCCCUCUGUACCCACCUUCACACAGAUGGCUACAGUCAUGCAUCCACAGAUGGCCUACCGCUUCGCCACGCUAUACAGGAGUGUGGAAGACGUGGAUCUGUUUCCUGCAGGCCUUGCAGAGUCUCCAGUAGAGGGAGGCCUCAUAGGCCCCACUCUAGCAUGCAUCAUCUCACAGCAAUUCCACAGCCUCAAGAGAGGUGACAGAUUCUGGUACGAAAAUAUCGACCAACCUCAGCCAUUCUCUGAGGGUCAACUGAACAUGAUAAGACGACAGAAUCUGGCAGCCAUAAUGUGUGAGCAUCUCGUACUGAGGUCUAUACAGCCCAACCCAUUCCUCAGCCUUGAUCACCACAGUAACCAACCGCGACAGUGUAACUCCUAUCCAAGGCUGGACACCAGAGAGUGGCGAGAACUGGAGCCUCUUCCACAGACUUCUCAACAGAUUUCGCCACAGCCUGCUUUAAGGCCCACUCCACGACCAACUCCUCGGCCCACUCCACGACCCACUCCACAACCCACUCCACAACCCACUCCACAACCCACUCCACGACCCACUCCACGACCCACUCCACGACCCACUCCACGACCCACUCCACGACCUGUGUCACAAGUCCCACCACAGCCUUCCAGACGACCCCCACCACAGACUGUGCCACAGCCUCUGCCAUAUCCCACACCACAACCUCUACCACAGGUGUCGUGUCGAGGUGUGGGAGUGUGGAGAUAUCUCCCAGGCAUAGAUCACUGGUGUACCCUUAACUGUCUCCAGCACAGUGUCUCCUUCUGCCCUCCUACACACUGCUACUGCCCCUACUACUGAAGUCUCCGUUAAUGCUGUGGGUGUCCAACAGGAGCCAUGACCUACCCUCUUACACACUGCUACUCCUGCUACUGAAGUCUCCGUUCCUUCCGUGAAUAUUCAACGGUAACCAUGACCUGCCUUCCUGCACAUUGCUGCUACUGCUGCUGCUACUGCUACUGUAGUCUCUGUCUCUCCUGUGGGUGUCCAACAGGCGCCAUGACCUACCCUCUUACACACUGCUACUCCUGCUACUGAAGUCUCCGUUCCUUCCGUGAAUAUUCAACGGUAACCAUGACCUGCCUUCCUGCACAUUGCUGCUACUGCUGCUACUGCUGCUACUGCUACUUUAGUCUCUGUGUCUCCUGUGGGUGUCCAACAGGAGCCAUGACCUGCCCUCUUACACACUGCUACUACUGCCUCUAACACCUCCCAUCAACACAGCACAGUUCUUAAAUCACAAUCCCGCCGAAGCUUUCACAAAACAAAAGCAGGACGAUCAUCCAUAAUGUCAACAAUACCACCUUCGCUGUCAAAGUAAGCAUUGAGAAACCCUUCAAACGUUAAUUCACUGAUGCAUAAGCUUCGAAAGUCGCUCUGAACAUAACGAAAUUGAUACAAUGUACUGAUGUUCACUGAACAUAGGCAGGACUGCCAAGGAUUAAGUUACAGUGUAUUAAUUUACGAAGUUUGGUCGAAGUGUUAAGUUUGCAUAAGUUACUUCGUAAGUAUACAUUUAUCAAUGCUAAAGAGAAGAUCUGUUUAAAUAGUCUAAGUCGGACCGAAACGUUGUCAUAAGCUCCUGUCUCCUAUAUGUUGGUUAUAUGUGUACACCUUGGUCUGACAGACUACCUGAAACCACACGCACACACACACACACACACACACACACACACACACACACA